AUGGAGUCUUCUGAUGGUCGUACAAAGGCCUAUAAAUUUGUCGCUUAUGCAGCUGUAACAUUCUCGAUUGUAGCUGUUUUAUCGGUAGUUUUGACACUUCCAAUGGUUUACAAUUAUGUUUCACAUGUUAGACAACAAAUGAACCAUGAAUUGUCUUUCUGCAAGGUUUGUUUUUUUAUUUUAUUUCUGAAAUAUUUCUGAAAUAUUUUGGAUUUUCUUCUGAAAAUUAUACCAUAAUAACAAAAUUGUUAAUCAUUUUCCAAAUUUAAGGGAUCCGCUAAGGAUAUCUUUGCUGAGGUCAACUUCAUGAAGGCCAAUGCUGGACCAGCUGCCCCAGGAAACAGAACUGCAAGACAAUCCGGAUAUGGAACCCCUGAAGUCAAUCCAUCAGCUAAUCUUCAAUGCGAAGGAUGUUGUCUUCCAGGACCACCAGGACCAGCUGGAAACCCUGGAAAACCAGGAAAACCAGGACGUCCAGGAUCACCAGGAUUGCCAGGAGUCCCAGGAAAACCACCAACUGCCCCAUGUGAGCCAACAACUCCUCCACCUUGCAAACCAUGCCCACAAGGACCACCCGGACCACCAGGACCACCAGGAGCCCCAGGAGACCCGGGAGAGGCUGGAACUCCAGGAAGACCAGGAACUGAUGCCACCAACGGACUUCCAGGGCCACGUGGACCACCAGGACCACCUGGAGAGCCAGGACAACCAGGACCACAAGGAGACCCAGGAGCACCAGCUCAAUCCGAACCACUUGUUCCAGGAGCACCAGGAGAGCCAGGAGAUGCUGGACCGGCUGGACCACCAGGACCACCAGGAGCACCAGGAAACGACGGGCCACCAGGACCAGCUGGACCAAAAGGAUCGCCAGGACCAGACGGGCCACCAGGAGUCGAUGGACAAGCCGGACCACCAGGACCACCAGGACCAGCUGGAACACCAGGAGAGAAGGGAAUCUGUCCAAAAUAUUGCGCUUUGGAUGGAGGAGUCUUCUUCGAAGAUGGAACUCGCCGUUAA